UGAUAAAAAAAGAAGAAGUAAAAAAGAUGAUCUCCCGUCACGGCAAGGCAUAGCCAGCGCAGUAGUGUGUCUGUUGUGUAUGUCCUCGCCGGGGAAGAGGCCCCAGUUUCUCCCUCUUCUUCCUCUAUUUAUUCAUUCUUCAAUCCUCCCCUUCCUUCACCGGUUAUUCAUUGCAUCUUCUUCCAUGGCCUCAAUUUCAAUUCCCGCACCAGAGGCUAUCCAGGUUCUACUCUCAUUACUAGCUGAUGAUUCUUCCGCUGUUCGAGAAGCUUCCAUGUCCUCUCUCGACGACCUUGCCGCACUAAAUCCUGUUCUGGUUCUUGAGUGCUGUGCGACUGUUUCACGCGGUGGACGUCGGCGAUUUGGAAAUAUGGCUGGAGUUUUUCAAGUUAUGGCAUUUGGAGUUCGAGCUCUUGAUGAAAGAGAUGUUGAUUCUGUUUUUAUGGCGAAGCUUGCUAAAAUUGCUACUUCUGAGAUGAUAUCUUCUAAGGAACUCAAUUCCGAUUGGCAACGAGCAGCAACAAGCCUACUUGUUGCGAUAGGGUCACAUUUACCUGAUCUUGUGAUGGAAGAAAUUUUUCUUCAUUUAUCGGGGACAAGUUCAGCAUUACAGGCUAUGGUUCAAAUCCUUGCAGAAUUUGCUACUAGUUGUCCCUCGCUGUUCAUUCCCCGCUGGAAAGGUGUACUCUCACGAAUUUUGCCGAUUCUUGGAAAUGUGCGAGACAUGCACCGGGCAACUUUCGCAAAUGCUUUAAUAUAUGUCCUCAUUACUUGGUGGUGGGGAGUGGGGAAAAAAGCAUUCAAGUGUUGGUGUCAAGCUGCUUGGCAAUAUAGUACAGAUUUUCCUUCACAUUUACCGCAAGAUGGUGAUGUCAUGUCAUUUCUAAAUUCUGCUUUUGAGCUUUUGUUAAGAGUUUGGGCAGCUUCACGGGACCUAAAGGUUCGUGUAGCAUCCGUUGAAGCACUUGGACAGAUGGUUGGUCUCAUAACACGGACACAAUUAAAGGCAGCCUUACCAAGGCUUGUUCCUACAAUAUUGGAUUUGUAUAAAAAGGAUCUUGAUAUUGCUUUUCUAGCUACAUGCAGUCUCCACAAUCUGUUGAAUGCCUCUUUACUAUCUGAAAGUGGUCCUCCUAUGCUUGAUUUUGAGGAUUUGACUCUUACUUUAGCGACACUUCUACCCGUGGUAUCUAUGAAUAGUGAAAGCAAAGAUCAAACAGAUUUCUCUGUGGGAUUGAAGAUGUAUAAUGAGAUGCAGCAUUGCUUUCUGACAGUUGGUUUGGUGUAUCCAGAUGAUUUGUUUCUGUUCCUUGUAAAUAAAUGUAGGUUGAAGGAAGAAGCAUCAACUUUUGGUGCACUUUGUGUUUUGAAACAUCUUUUACCAAGGCUAUCUGAAGCUUGGCAUAGUAAAAUACCAUUACUGGUUGAAUCUGUAAAGUCCUUGUUAGAAGAACAUCAUUUAGGUGUUCGAAAGGCACUUUCUGAGUUAAUUGUGGUUAUGGCUUCACACUGUUACUUGGUUGGUUCAUCUGGAGAGUUGUUCAUUGAAUAUCUCACACGCCAUUGCGCUUUGACAGAUCAAAAUCAGAGUGAUCUUGAUAGCACACCAAAUAAGAGAAUAGAGAUGAAAAUUGGAGCAGUUACUCUGGGUGAGUUACGAGCAGUUUGUGAAAAAGGUCUUUUGUUGGUCACCAUUACAAUUCCUGAAAUGGAGCAUAUCCUGUGGCCUUUUCUGUUGAAGAUGAUUAUACCACAGCCGUACACUGGUUCUGUUGCCAUGGUUUGCAGGUGCAUCUCAGAACUGUGGCGGCAUAGAUCUUAUGGUAGUGAUAUGCUAAGUGAGUGUAGAGUCCGUCCUGAUAUUCCAACUGCCGAAGAACUUCUUGCUCGUUUUGUGGUGCUUUUACAUGAUCCUCUAGCAAGGGAGCAAUUAGCCACCCAGAUUUUGACAGUCCUAUGUCUUCUGGCACCUCUAUUUCCCAAAAAUAUCAAUUUGUUUUGGCAAGAUGAGAUUCCUAAGAUGAAGGCGUAUGUUAGCGAUACAGAUGACUUGAAACAAGAUCCAUCAUAUCAAGACACUUGGGAUGACAUGAUAAUCAACUUUCUUGCAGAAUCUUUGGAUGUGAUUCAAGAUGCAGAUUGGAUUAUGUCUCUUGGAAAUGUAUUUGCCAAACAUUAUGAACUUUAUACAUCUGACGAUGAACAUGCUGCACUUCUUCACCGAUGCUUAGGGAUUCUUCUUCAAAAGGUUAAUGACAGAGCUUAUGUCCAUGAUAAAAUGAAUUGGAUGUAUAAGCAAUCAAACAUUGCAAUCCCAACAAAUAGGCUUGGUUUGGCAAAAGCAAUGGGAUUGGUUGCUGCAUCUCACUUGGACACAGUGUUGGAGAAGCUGAAGGAUAUUAUAGACAAUGUUGGACAAACCAUAAUUCAGAGGUUUAUGCCAGACUUGAUAUUGUCAUUGUUCUCUGAAAGUUACAGAACAGUAGAGUCUGAUGAUAUACAUGCUGCCUUAGCUUUAAUGUAUGGAUAUGCUGCGAAGUAUGCCCCAUCAUCAGUUAUUGAAGCCAGAAUAAACGCCCUCAUUGGCACCAACAUGCUUUCAAGGCUUCUUCAUGUGCGUCACCCUAUAGCAAAGCAAGCUGUGAUCACUGCAAUUGACUUACUUGGUAAUGCUGUCAUUAAUGCUUCUGAAAGUGGUGCACCGUUUCCAUUGAAAAGAAGGGACCAACUGCUUGAUUAUAUUUUAACUUUAAUGGGCCGAGAUGAUAAUGAUGGUUUUGCUGAUUACAAUGAACUCUUGCGUACUCAGGCUCUUGCAUUAAGUGCCUGCACUACAUUGGUCUCUGUGGAGCCAAAGCUAACGGUCGAAACCAGAAACUAUGUGAUGAAGGCCACAUUGGGAUUCUUUGCGAUACAAAAUGAUCCAGUUGAAGUUGUCAGUCCCCUUAUUGACAAUCUGAUCUCUCUUUUAUGUGCAAUUCUUCUCACUGGUGGAGAGGAUGGAAGAAGUCGAGCAGAGCUGCUAAUGCUUAUCCUGAGGCAAAUUGAUCAAUUUGUCUCUUCACCUGUUGAAUAUCAGAGGAGAAGAGGAUGUCUUGCAGUCCAUGAGAUGCUUCUCAAAUUUCGGAUGGUUUGUGUUAGUGGCUAUUGCGCAUUGGGAUGCCAUGGGAAUUGUGCACAUACCAAGCAAGUUGACCGUACUCUUUAUGGGAAUUUUUCUAAUCUACCAUCUGCAUUUGUAUUGCCAAGUCGCGAAGCUUUGUGUCUGGGAGAUAGGGUAGCAAUUUAUCUUCCACGUUGUGCAGACACAAAUUCUGAAGUCCGAAAAAUAUCAGCACAAAUUCUUGAUCAACUCUUCAGUAUUUCUCUCUCUCUUCCAAAGCCUCCUGGUUUGUCUAUAUCUGCUGAAGACAUAGAAUUGUCAUACCGUGCUUUGUCUUCUCUUGAAGAUGUGAUAGCUAUGCUGAGAAAUGAUACCUCUAUUGAUCCAUCAGAAGUUUUCAACAGGAUCAUUUCCUCCCUCUGCAUUCUGUUGACAAAGGAUGAGCUGGUUGCUAUGCUUCAAGGUUGCUCAGUAGCUAUAUGUGAUAAGAUCAAGCAGUCUGCUGAAGGAGCCAUUCAAGCUGUUGUUGAGUUUGUUACAACGAGAGGGAGUGAACUGACAGAGAUUGAUAUCUCAAGGACAACACAAUCAUUGAUCUCUGCCACUGUGCAUGCAACCGAUAAGCAUUUACGUGUGGAAACUCUUGGUGCUAUUGCCUCUUUGGCCGAAAGUACUAGUGCAAAAACUGUUUUUGAUGAAGUCCUGGCCACUGCUGGAAAGGAUAUAAUAACGAAGGAUAUAUCUAGGCUACGUGGUGGAUGGCCCAUGCAAGAUGCAUUCUACGCCUUUUCACAGCACAUGGUUCUAUCAGUGUUAUUUCUAGAACAUGUGAUAUCUGUCCUUAGCCAGAUUCCUAUCCUUAAAUGUGAUGUAGACAGAGUUGAGGAUAGCCAGGUCCACAAUCAUACAGAAGACGGCCAACUGGAAGCUGCAAUUUUUGCUCUUACUGCUUUUUUCAGAGGUGGGGGAAAAGUUGGAAAAAGGGCUGUUGAGCAAAACUAUGCUUCUGUUCUAUCUGAGCUGAUGCUGCAACUUGGAAGCUGUCAUGGGUUAGCUUACUCUGGUCACCUUGAACCAUUGCGGAAUCUUCUGACUGCAUUCCAGGCAUUCUGCGAAUGUGUUGGUGACCUUGAGAUGGGAAAGAUUUUAGCCAGAGAUGGGGAACUUUCUGAAAAUGAGAGGUGGAUUAAUCUCAUUGGAGACAUAGCCGGAUGCAUAUCUAUAAAGAGGCCGAAAGAGAUCCAAAAUAUUUGCCAAUUUUUUAAAAGAUCAUUGGAUCGACCCCAGAAAUACCAAAGGGAAGCUGCUGCUGCUGCCUUGUCAGAAUUUGUUCGUUAUAGCGGUGGACUCGGUUCGCUUUUGGAGCAAAUGGUUGAUGUUUUAUGCAGACGUGUAUCAGACGAGUCUUCUACUGUUCGGCGCUUUUGUUUGAGAGGAUUAGUACAGAUCCCAUCAAUUCAUAUUCUGAAGUAUACAGCUCAAGUCCUGGGUGUUAUAUUAGCUCUGCUAGAUGAUUCUGAUGAAUCUGUACAACUAACUGCAGUAUCAUGCUUACUUAUGAUUCUCGAAUCUUCACCUGAUGAUGCAGUUGAGCCUAUUUUGCUUAAUCUUUCAAUACGGCUUCGGAAUCUACAAACAAGCAUGAAUGCAAAUAUGCGAGCCAGUUCCUUUUCAGCAUUUGGGGCACUAAGCAACUAUGGAGUAGGGGCACUAAGAGAGGCAUUUGUUGAGCAGGUACAUGCUGCUAUUCCUCGUCUGGUUUUGCAUCUGUAUGAUGAAGAUGUUAGUGUCCGACUAGCCUGCCGGAAUACCCUGAGACGAGUUUUCCCAUUGAUAGAAAUUGAAGGAUUGCUUGCCCUGCUAAACACACCGAGUUUCCUUUCUGAUCAUCGAAGUGACUAUGAGGACUUUCUAAGAGACACUGCAAAGCAAUUUACACAGCAUCUUCUUUCCAGAGUUGACACUUACAUAGCGUCAACAGUGCAGGUUCUUUUCACCAUACUGGCUUCAACACAUGCUGAUGCUUUUGAUGCACCAUGGUCCAUAAUUCAGGCAAAUGCUAUGUACUUAUGUAGUAGCAUGCUCUCUCUAUCGGAUAAUCAACAUAUUUUAGCUGACUACCAUACACAGGUGUUUGGUAUGCUGGUUGGAAAAAUGAGUCGAUCACCUGAUGCUGUUGUAAGGGCAACGUGUUCUUCUGCUCUGGGCUUGUUGCUCAAAUCUUCCAACUCAUGUUCAUGGAGAGCAGAUCAUCUUGAUCGAUUAGACUCGACAAAAAGUAACCAUGAUGCAGCGGAGUCUGUGAUAAACUAGCAAUAACUCAAGUGGAACCAUGAAGAACUACUUUUUAGCAGUGGUAGAGUGGAUCAGUCUGCUACUGCCCACAUUGAUGUCUUGUACAGUGUUUGUUGUAAGCAUUCACCCCCUUGUAUUUUACCUUUUUUUUUCAAAGUCUUCUGUAAUAGAGUUUGAUGUAAGUUAAUGUCAAAUUGAUUGUGUUGUUGUAUAUCAAUUACACUUCUAUGGAAUUCGCACUUCACCUGGGUGAUUUCAUUAA